GCAAAAUUGGAACAUAAGUUUUCAGAUUCCAAUUCCUCCAUUAUCAACUGUACUUCUGAAUGAAGAAUGUAGGCUAUCAUUGGAAGAAAUUUAAUGAAAGAAACUUGUUUGGGAUAAAUUUGAAGAUUAAGACUUUGAAGGACAAGGAUAACUUGCAUUUAUUAGGGACAGGAAAGAAAUUCUGCUUUAUUUACAGCUUUAGUUGAUGAUGGCUUCCAGAUUAAGCAUGCAGAUAUACAGCAUCUUUUUUGUGCUGAUAUGUUUGCUUUCUAGGUCUAUUGCAAAAAAUAGAAACACCUUAAUGGAGCUGAGCUUUCAGGAAUAUUUCAGCAUUUUGCAGACAGGAAAAACUUUCCUGGUUUAUUUUAGUCAAGAUGAUAUUAUGGUAUUUCUUGAAGAAUUGGAAAAAGCAGCCGAACCUCUUCAUAAUUAUGGGAUUUCAGUUGCAAAGGUUAACUGUGCUAAUGAGGAAAUAUCAAGAUAUUGUGGAAAGGAAAAUGAUUUGACAAAAGCAUAUUUAUUCCGAGGUAACAUAUUACUCAGAGAAUUCCCCAUGGAUGCGUUGUUUGAUGUCAAUGCCAUUAUAGCUAAUGUUCUCUUUGCACUUCUAUUUAAUGAAAUAAAAUACAUUAAUUCACUGGAGGACUUUGAAAAUAUAGAAAACGCUAUGAAGGGAAAAACAAAUAUUGUCCUCAUAUAUGUGAAGGCAAUUGGAACACCAGAACAUAGGGCAGUAAUGGAAACUGUCUUUGUAUAUGGUACUGCAUACCAGUUUGUAUUAACUACAGAAACUGCCCUUUUGGAAAGAAUUGGUAGGGUGGAAAAUUCUGACAUGAUAUCUGGAAGUCUUUUCUUCUUUCACUGUAAACUUGUCUUGGACUUGACUCAGAAGUGCCAAAAGACUCUAUUAGAACAGCCUUUGACUAUAUUAAAUAUUCAUCGAUUUCUCAAACUGAUGGAUGCACCUUUGUUGACUGAAAUUACUGAAGAUCCUGAAAAAGUUUCAACUAUUCAUCUCCAACUUGGAUUACCGCUGAUUUUUAUUCUUAGUCAACAGACCACUUAUGAAGCUGAUAAGAAAACUGCAGAAACAGUCGCUUGGCACCUUCUGGGAAAAGCAGGAGUCACACUAUUGUUAAAGGACUCCUCAAAUCUGAACAUUCCCACUGAUACCAAUGUCAUCUUCAAAAGAGCAAAAGAGGGGGUACCAGUUGAUUUCUUCGUUUUACAUGAUAUUGAUUCAAUAAUAUCUCUUGUGGAAAAUAACACACCUAAUCAAAAUAAUGAGCCAGUUAAGGAAUAUGAAGAAGGUGAAAUAGAGGCUCUAAAUCUAGAUGUUCAAGAUGAUCAAGUGGUUGAAACAGUUUACAGAGACAGGAAGAGAAAAUUACCUUUGGAAUUGAUAAUAGAACUAACCGAGGAAACAUUUAACAGCACAAUAAUGAGCACUUCAAGAAGCAUAGUAUUAUUUUAUACUAAUUGGGAAGCAGUGUCCCUGGCAUUUUUGCAAUCCUAUGUUGAUGUGGCAAUUAAAUUGAAAGGAACAUCCAAUAUGUUAUUUGCUAGAGUCAACUGUGGAGAUUGGUCUAAUGUCUGUACAAAACAAAACAUCAUUGAAUAUCCUGUUGUAAAGAUUUAUAAGGAGGGAGAGAAGCCAGUUAUUUAUACUGGCAUGCUAGAAACUGAGUAUCUCCUAAAAUUCAUAAGAUUAAACAGAAUUUCAUGUCCAUUGAAGAUAAUGACUAUUGAAGAAGCAGAAGAAUACUUAAAUGGGGAAUUAUAUAAAGAAUUAACAUCCUAUUCUAGUGUGUCAGUUCUUGGAAUAUUUAGCUCAAACAUGACAAAAGAAAAAGAAAAUUUUAUUGAAGCAGGAAAUAGACUAAAAGGUUAUGUCAUCACUGGAUUCUAUUCUGAAGAAGAUGCUUUGAUCCUGUCAAAGAAAUAUGCUGUGACUCUUCCAGCCCUGCUGCUUGCCAGACACAAAGAAGAGAAAAUAGAUAGCAUUCUUCUCUCUAAUUCUGAUGUUAAUGAUAUAGUUCAAAUAAUAAAAAGUGCAUCAUUGGAAAUAUUCCCAGAAAUAACAGUGGAAAAUCUUCCCAUCUAUUUAAGUCUUCAGAAACCAUUACUUAUUUUGUUCAGAGAUGGCAAUUUAAAUCACAAGGAUGAAAAAGAAAUGCUACCUCUAGUGAAGCAAAAAUACCUGGAAACAUUUAUCCCUUGCUGGUUAAAUCUUGAGACCACACCCGUGGGGAGAGGAAUACUGAAAGCUUACUUCAAGCAUCUGCCUCCAUUGCCACUUCUUGUUUUAGUAGAUCUCCAUUCACAGGGCCAAGUAUCUGCAUUUCCAUUGGAUCAAACAUUAAAUGAAAAAAACAUUUUGUUAUGGCUUCAGAAAUUAGAAGCAGGAUUAGAAAAUCAUAUCACAACUUUAUCUAAUGAAGAGUGGAAACCACCUCUUCCUGCUUACAAUUUUCUUAGAAGGAUGGAUGCCACAAAUCCCUUCAAAGACAUUAAUGGGUUUUCUACACAGAAGAUGUGCAAAAACAACUGAUCUGCAAGAUUACAAUAUGGGACGCUCUGAAGAUAAAUCUACAAUGAAAAUGAAGCACUGAGAAAAAACUAUUUAAAAGAGCAGGAAAGAUAUAUAAAGAUUGAUAUUGAUUUAUGAUUUUUAAAAUUUAGCUAACUACAGCAUUUUGGGAACUAUGUCAAAGAUUUUUUGAUUGAUCUGACACUGAAGUGUAUAUUAGCUUAAAUAAAAAUUAUAAUUAUUUUAAGACCCUGAAUAAAAUUUGUAUUCUUUAGAUUGUAUAUUAAUUUAACUUAGCUCUAGACACUGGAAUGGCCUAUCAUCAAAUAUUAUCAUUAAAUGACCAGUUUAAUAUCAUUGGGUCAGGAAUAGGAAGCAAUAAGUAGAAAAUAGUAAUAAAAAUUUCUGUA